AUGGGCGUCCCCCUUCUCGUCCGUCUGCAAUCCUACCUAGGACCGCUUCUCCUCCUCAGCAUCUCAAUCAUCUACCUGCCCAUAACCCUUCUGUUCCACCCCUUCCUCUUCCUCUUCUCCCCCUCAUCCUUCCGGUCCAAAUGGUUCGAGAACUUCUGGCGCAUCGUCGGCCCGCAAAUGGCCGCCUCCGAACUCCAAGCCGAGCAUAUCGAAGAACUCCUUUCCCGAGCCCACGGCCAGGUCCUGGAACUCGGCCCCGGCGGUGGUGACCAGAUAUACCAUUACAAAGCCGGCCAAGUCGAGACGCUGUACGGCGCCGAACCCAAUGCAUUUCUGCACUCCCGACUGGCUGAGAUGGCGGCCAAACAUGGCUUGGGGGACAAAUUCGUGGCCAUCGACGCCGCUGCGCAACCCGGAAGUCUGCUGCCAGCUUUGAAGGAGGCGCGGUUGGUCUCCAGUAAAACCGCGAGUCUGCCGGAAGAAGGCGUCUUUGAUAGUGUCGUCGCCAUCAAGUCGCUGUGUUCGGCGCCGCAGGGUCAGUUGGCUUCCACCGUGGCUGUGGUUCAGGCUUUACUCAAGCCGGGCGGAGAGUUUCUGUUCUUUGAACACGUCGAGAAUAGUACCGAUGCUGUCACCAUGUAUUAUGCUUGGUUACUUGACUGGAUUUGGCCGUUGUUUAUGGGCGGGUGUCGGUUGAAUGGGAAGAUUGAUAGGGUUGUGUUGGGUAUGGGAGGAUGGGAUGAGAGAAGGGUUACCACGGUAGGAGACUUCCAGGGUCAUGAGGUCUUCAGAUAUGUCAAAGGUAUAUGCCGAAAAGCAUAG